GAGAAGAAGUUUUUCAUUGUUUAAAACUACCGUCCCGGGUGUGACAGUAGAGGUCACCCACCUUAUGCCCUCCAAAAGCAGAGGAACUCUGUGGGUUCCCAGGACACCUAACAUGCAUUUCUCCUUCAGUGAGGAGGACAUCAAGAAGCACCGGCUGGUUAAAUCUGUUAGCUUCGAUGUGGAAAAUGGACCAUCCCCAGGUCGCAGCCCAAUCGAUUCGCAGGCGAGUCCGGGACUGGUGCUGCAUCCCAGCUUCCCGCAGAGCCAGCGGAGGGAAUCAUUCCUGUAUCGGUCCGACAGCGACUAUGACAUGUCUCCCAAAACUAUGUCCAGGAAUUCCUCCGUCACCAGUGAGGCACAUGCUGAGGACCUAAUAGUUACACCCUUCGCUCAGGUAUGUGCAAGCCUCAGGUCGUCAAGAAACAACUUCACCAUCCUUGCAAACGUUACCCACCCAACAAAGCGUUCUCCAAUUAUGCCUCAACAAACGGUCUGUAAAGCUACUCUCUCAGAGGAAACCUAUCAGCAGUUAGCCAAAGAGACCUUGGAGGAAUUAGAUUGGUGUCUUGAUCAGCUGGAGACUGUACAGACCUAUCGUUCAGUCAGUGAUAUGGCCUCUACCAAGUUCAAAAGAAUGCUGAACCGUGAGCUGACCCACUUGUCUGAAAUGAGCCGUUCAGGGAACCAGGUCUCAGAAUAUAUUUCUAACACAUUUCUUGAUAAACAAAAUGAUGUGGAGAUCCCCUCCCCAACGCAGAAGGAAAGAGAAAAGAAAAAGAAGCAUCAGCCCAUGUGCCAAAUCAGCGGCGUUAAGAAGCUAAUGCAUAGCUCCAGUUUAACCAAUUCAUCAAUUCCUCAGUUUGGGGUGAAGACCGAUCAAGAGGAACCUCUGGCCAAGGAAUUGGAUAAUUUAAACAAGUGGGGCCUUAAUAUAUUCAGAGUGGCUGAAUAUUCCAAUAACCGGCCGCUUAGCUGUAUAAUGUUCACCAUAUUUCAGGAGAGAGAACUCUGUAAAACCUUCAAAAUCCCAGUGGAGACGUUAAUCACGUAUAUGAUGACCUUAGAAGAUCACUACCAUGCGGAUGUUGCCUAUCACAACAGCCUUCAUGCAGCUGACGUCACUCAGUCCACGCAUGUCCUCCUCUCCACGCCUGCUUUGGAUGCGGUGUUUACAGAUCUGGAGAUUUUGGCUGCAAUAUUUGCAGCUGCUAUCCAUGACGUGGACCAUCCUGGGGUAUCCAAUCAGUUUCUUAUUAAUACAAAUUCUGAGCUGGCAUUGAUGUACAAUGACGAGUCAGUGUUAGAAAACCAUCACCUGGCAGUGGGCUUCAAACUUCUGCAGGAAGAGAACUGUGACAUUUUUCAGAAUCUGACCAAACGCCAACGGCAGACAAUGAGAAAGAUGGUGAUUGACAUGGUCCUAGCUACUGACAUGUCCAAACACAUGAGCUUGUUAGCUGACCUGAAGACCAUGGUGGAGACCAAAAAAGUUACCAGUUCUGGUGUCUUGUUGUUGGAUAACUAUACGGACAGGAUACAGGUCCUUCGUAACAUGGUCCACUGUGCAGACCUCAGCAACCCAACAAAGCCUCUGGAACUGUAUCGACAAUGGACUGAUCGUAUUUUAGAAGAGUUUUUCAGGCAAGGCGACAAGGAGAGAGAGAGAGGGAUGGAGAUCAGCCCCAUGUGUGAUAAGCACACAGCAUCUGUGGAAAAAUCACAGGUGGGCUUCAUUGAUUACAUUGUUCACCCUCUUUGGGAGACAUGGGCAGACUUAGUUCACCCUGAUGCUCAGGAUAUCUUGGAUACAUUGGAGGACAACAGGGAUUGGUACCAAGGCAUGAUGCCGCAAAGCCCCUCUCCACCACCAGAUGACCACGAUAAAGAUGAUGAGGCAUGUAUGGAAAAAUUCCAGUUUGAGUUAACUCUGGAAGAGGAAGGAGAAGAAUCUGAUAAAGACAGGAAUAGUGGCAUUGAAGAAGAUGAGGGCAGCUGCUCACAAGAAACUCUUAAAAUACAAGAGCCAGACUUUGAUGAGGCAGAUAAUACUACAAUACAGGAAGGACAAGUAGAACAGAUUACGGUCUGCUCAAAUAACACAUCACCUGUGGAUUUAUGAAUUUUUCUGGGGGAAAACAUACAAAUAUUAUAGAGGAAAACACAAAGAACUGUUUUACAUGGAGAUCAAAAAAGUGAUUUAUUUCCAAUUUCAUAUUUAUUUAUUUUUGUUUUAUUCUGUUUUCUAUUCUCAAGGGGAACAAACACAGUUACUGUAGAAUCAGAUACUUUGCACAGAAUAGGAGUCUGUUGCCAUAUAAAAAUUACAACACGCUCUAGAAAAAAAAACUUUA